AUGGCCGCCGGGCCCGCGGCGCCCCGCGUCCUCAACGUGAACGUGGGCGUCCUGGGCCACAUCGACAGCGGGAAGACGGCGCUGGCGCGGGCGCUGAGCACCACCGGCUCCACCGCCGCCUUCGACCGGGCGCCGCAGAGCCGGGCGCGGGGCAUCACGCUGGACCUGGGCUUCUCCUGCCUGCGCACCGCCCUGCCGCCGCAGCUGGGCCCGGGGCCCGGCGAGCUCCAGUUCACGCUGGUCGACUGCCCGGGGCACGCCUCCCUCAUCCGCACCAUCAUCGGCGGUGCCCAGAUUAUUGAUUUGAUGAUGCUUGUAAUAGAUGUGACAAAAGGGAUGCAGACGCAGUCAGCAGAGUGCUUGGUAAUUGGGCAAAUUGCCUGCCAGAAGAUGGUGGUAGUUCUGAACAAAAUAGAUCUCCUUCCAGAAGGGAAGAGACAAAGUGCCAUUGAGAAGAUGACUAAGAAAAUGCAGAAGACCUUGGAAAACACUAAGUUCUGUGGGUGUCCUGUUGUUGCUGUUGCAGCAAAGCCCGGUGGACCAGAAGCCCCAGAGUCUGAGAAUCCACUAGGUGUUUCUGAAUUAAUUGAGGUCCUGAAGUCUCAGGCUUACCUGCCAUCAAGAGACCCCUCGGGACACUUCCUUAUGGCAGUCGACCACUGUUUUUCUAUCAAGGGUCAAGGCACGGUGAUGACAGGGACUAUUCUUUCUGGCUCUGUUAGCCUUGGUGACAAUGUGGAGAUUCCUGCCCUGAAGGUGACAAAGAAGGUCAAGUCCAUGCAGAUGUUCCAUACUCCCGUGACUUACGCUAUGCAGGGUGACAGAGUCGGUAUCUGUGUAACCCAGUUUGAUCCCAAACUGCUAGAACGAGGCCUAAUUUGCACCCCAGAAUCACUUCAUACCAUCCAUGCUGCAAUAAUUUCCCUGAAGAAAAUCCAGUAUUUUCGAGGAGCUCUUCACACCAAAGCCAAGUUUCAUAUCACAGUUGGUCAUGAAACAGUUAUGGGAAGAGUGUUGUUUUUCAGUCCAGCCCCUGCUGACUUCAAUGAAGAAAUUCAAGAAAAUGUUUUUGAUUUUGAAAAAGAUUAUCUUUAUCAAGAGGAAUAUUUGUCCAAGGACUCAAAUUCUUCAGAGGAGAACAAAGAAAAUGACCAGGUAGGAGAAGUCCAGCUCCCAAGACAACAGUGGGCUUUGCUAGAGUUUGAAAAACCAGUCACUUGUCCUAAACUGUGCCUUGUGAUCGGCUCCAAGCUGGAUACAGAUAUUCAUGCAAAUACCUGCAGGUUGGCGUUCCAUGGGGUACUGCUUCAAGGCAUGGAAGACAAGAACUACAUGGAGACUUUCCUUCCAAAGCUGAAAGUGUACAAACUGAAGCACAAAGAAGGACAGGUGGAAAGGGUGAUGGAUGACUACAGUGUGAUUGGUCGUUCAUUGUUCAAAAAGGAAACAAACAUCCAGAUUUUUGUGGGUCUAAAAGUCAAACUAUCUACAGGAGAAGAUGGAAUAAUAGAAGGUGGUUUUGGACAAAGUGGCAAAUUUAAAAUCCGAAUUCCAGAUGGGCUGAAGCCAGAUACCAAGAUGCUUCUUACUGUUGCCUCUAAGAAGAAAUCUAAGGCAGGAAAAGGGGAUACAACCAAAGAGGAUGAAAGCAGCAAGAAUGAUUCAGCCCAACCUGUAACCAUCUCUCUUCUCUUCAAAAGAUACAUCUUUGACACGCAGAAGAAAAUGAUUCAAUCCUGAGAAAUCAGAGGCGCCUCUGAUUGCACCUGAAAGACCAGACUCUAAAAAUUAAUUCAGCUGGAAUCUUUUUCUUGUCUGAACACAUUAGACUUGUUUCUUCCUCACAGACAGAGCCUGGAAGCUCCUGCUGACUAUGUGCCCCCUUCCAAAAUCUCUGCAAUUUGGUUUUGUUCUGUUAGAAUCUGCUUAUUUUGUCAUCUUUGCAAUGUGAAUCUUUACGGCCUCUCAGAGAAUGUCACCUGUUGGAUAAGGACAUGUGUGUGUGUGUGUGUGUUCUAAUAGUGUUUUUUCUGGAGGAUUGAAGUUUCUCUUGAUUCAAACGUUUGCCACUAAUAUUGAUCUAAAUUUAGUCAAGAUGUGAAUUUCAUGCGACCCACAAAGUGAAGCUGAUUAGUCUAGGUUUACUUCCCCAAGCAAAGUGGGGGACAGAAAGCACACGAUAUAAUAGGUGAAACCUAAAAUGGAUGUUUCACAUUCCUUCAGCUGCAACUAUGUAAGAUGCUAUCUGAGAGAUGGUAUGGAUCUUUUUUAUAAAAAUGAUUGAUAUCUAGAAAUGUUUUUCAUAUUAAACAUAAUGACGCGUGUAACUGAGAGUCUUAUUUGUUCUGUUUGCUGUU